AGACUUUCUAUAGAGAGCUGGAUCUUUACAUUGUAUAAAUGCAAUACAUUCACGUACAUUUUUAUUUAGUAGACUCCAGGGAUCAGACAUGGACAGACAGGGAGUGAAAAACAGUUAAAGCUUGUUAGGAUUCAUCAUCAGACAGCGGGAGCUCGCCUUCAUUUACAUGACAACACACAGUGUGAAUAAUCAAUGGAGUUUUUCAACUCAGCUCUUGGGAAAAAUAUCACUUUUGUGCGUCCUGCAUAUUUCAUAAUAAGUGGAUUUGUUGGCAUACCUAAUAUCAAGUUUUACUAUGUCUUUCUUUUUUUUGUUUAUACAAUUUCCAUGCUGGGAAACACAGCUGUAAUGGCAGUAAUAUACUUGGAUCAUAAUCUGAGAACUCCGAAAUAUAUUGCAGUAUUUAAUUUAGCGUUUGUGGACCUGUUUGGUAAUUCUGCUCUGGUGCCGAAGGUUCUUGACAUCUUUCUGUUUAACCAUCGCUACAUCCCGUACAACGACUGCUUGGCGUUCCUUUUUUUCUGCUACACCUGCCUUUCAAUGCAGGCUCUUAAUCUGGUUGCCCUCUCCUAUGACAGACUGAUAGCUAUCACCUUCCCACUGCAUUAUCAAGUGAAAGUGACCCACAGAUUCAUGCUGUCUUUGAUUGCCUUUUUCUGGGUCUUUAUCAUUACUGUUGUACUUCUUGCAAUUGGCCUUCUUACAAGACUUUCCUUCUGUAAGUCUGUGGUUAUUAACAGCUAUUUCUGUGACCAUGGCCAGAUAUAUCGUCUGGCCUGCAAUGACAGAACUCCCAACUCUGUCAUUGGUAAGCUGUUAACAGCCCUUAUAGUUUGGCUUCCACUGAUAUUCAUCUUGUUAAGUUAUUUAAAAAUUGGCUAUGCAUUGUCUAAAGUGGCCACAGUUCAGGAACGAGUGAAGGCCUUUAAAACGUGCACAGCUCACCUGUCAUUAGUGGCAAUAUAUUUCCUCCCAGUAUUAAUCACAUUUACAAUUGGUGCAAACAUACAUCCAAAUGCCAGGAUCAUUAACCUGUCUCUGACCUCUGUUUUUCCUCCCAUGUUGAACCCAAUCAUUUAUGUUCUGCAGACACAAGAAAUCAAAGAAUCUGUGAAAAAGUUAUUAAGAAUCAGAAAGCAAUCCAAAAUCACAGUGAAGUAA